AUGCACGGAAAUAUCGAGUAUUCGUUUUCUGCUCUCGGUGGAAUAGAAGCCGAACUAGCGUUUGCCGUAGAGAAACAAACACUUUCUAGAGCAACCACGUUAAAUCUGAUCGAUAUAUCCAGCGCAACAUGCAUCGCUUUAAAGACCGGCGGAUCUCAAGUGUCAGUCGGAACAUUCUCACAACAAAUGGUUGAUGGAAAAAUUCAACCCAUAACCUUUCUCUCAAAGAAACCCACUUCUACGGAAAUACGAUAUAGUACAUUUGACAGGGAAUUGUUUAAUACCUACCUCGCUGUCAAACACUUCCAACGUAUUUUGGAAGCCAAACAAUUCACCAUUUUCACGGACUACAAACCCUUAAUUUACGCUAUUUGGGUACCCACUGAUCAUCACUCGCUCCAGGGAAAUUUGUCAUUCGGUCUAUGUCCCCUCAACCAUACCGCCGGAAGAUUUUCGACCAUUUAUAUGGGUUUUCGCUCCCAAACAUUUGCUUAA